UCCAAGGCUGGGAUGGGUGGCUUCUGUGGCGCGGACAGGGGCGGCUUCCUAGCCCUCCUGGUCUGGCUUCAGCUUCUUCAGCCUUUGUUCAGUGGUACUUACAAACCCAGGGAAGAUUCCGGAGUGAUGCACCGGCCCCAGAGGCCCCGGAGACUCCGGAGUGACUCAGAGGCCCGGGCACAGCAGAGUGGCUUGAAAUCCCUGAGUAUUUCGCACCCUUCAGGAGUUCUGGUGUCUGUAGACGGGACUGAGAUUCCAGGAUCAGGGCCUCCUUCAGGGACCACAACCAAAAUUAUCUUGGAAAACAGGAGGAGCUCUCUAGGAGAACCGUUUUCUCCAGACACUUGCGGCCAUAGAAUUACAGAGGUAGAUCCUGGAAGUUUAUCUGCAGGGAGGAAGUGGCCUUGGCAGGUGAGUCUGCAGAGUCAAAAUGAGCACGUUUGUGGAGGCUCCCUCAUCAGCCACCGAUGGGUGUUGACUGCGGCUCACUGCAUAUAUGAGCAGGAGGAGUACAUGGUGAUGUUGGGUGACAACAUGCUGCAUUCUGAAUCUGAAAGUGUGACCCUGGUCCCAGUCCAAGACAUCAUUUUCCCUUCCAACUUUGACAUCCAAACCAUGAGGAAUGACAUUGCCCUCGCUCUGCUGUACUUCCCCGUGAAUUACUCCUCGCUCAUCCAGCCCGUGUGCCUUCCCGGAGAGCCCUUCCGAGUGAAAAACGGGACAGUGUGCUGGGUGACUGGCUGGGGCCAACAGAACGAAAUUGAUGCAGGGUUUGCAUCCGUUCUCCUCCAGGAGGUUCAGCAACGCAUUCUCCUCCAGAAGCACUGUAAUACGCUGUUCCAGAGACAGCUGGCGACAUCGAAAAACCUAGUGAUUAAAGGGAUGAUCUGCGGUCUGCAAGACUCAGGACAGAGUCUUUGUUGGGGAGAUUCUGGGAACCCCCUUGUCUGCGAAUCUGACAACACGUGGACCCAGGUGGGGAUCAUGAGCUGGGGCAUCAACUGCAAUCGGGUCCCUGUCCUCUCCGUUUACACGGACGUCGCUGAGUACAAUGAGUGGGUCAGCUAUGUUUUAAGUCAGGCUUCCCGUAUGGAUCCCAUGGGAGUCUUGGUCCUAUACCUGUCUCCGGUGUUUCCCCUGGCUCUUCUGGUAGCUCUGUGACCUCCUUAGCCCCCUGUCUUCCUGAGGGUUUUGAAUCUCCCACUGUGCCUCUUCUCCAUUUUCCCUUUCUGUCUUUCUGCCCUUUCUUCGAAUUCCAGUCAGCAGCCAUUGCCACAGUAGACUGUGGCAGGGAGAUUGGGGGCUGCAAAGUGCCCUGAGUGGUGUUCUGGUUACUUGUCUCAUGAUACACCCACACCUGGUGGAAGGAGGGUAAACUAACCUGGACCAGAGGACCAGCUUGCCUGCUAGGUGGAGAACAAUGACUCCUAAUAUCUUGGGGACAUCUGCCAAGAAGAGAUAAUGUCACGAGUGGGACAGGCACUAGACUGACUCUGUUUACAUCACACAGCUUAGUGACCACUGAAAGAGAGGGAGAAUGAGAUGGGAGGAAGAGGGGAAUACUGGCAACUCCCUGCAGAGAUACGAGGCUGCCACUUAAGUAUCUGGGGCUGGCAGAAAUUCUCUUGUACCCGCUUGGGGAUCUGCCAGGGAAUGCACAGCCUCUGCCUCAUAGGCUUCAUGAGAAGGCAGUCCUGCCUGGCCCCCUUCCUCAGUACCUCAGCGGUCACAUCCAGGGUCAUCCCAAGUUGUGUUGAUGUUCUGGAGAGGGGAGAUCUCAAACGUAAACUGAAUAAA